GUGCAUUCUCAAGCUCAAAUUUCUUUUAUAAUGCGGGAACUUUCGCCUCAAUCAUGACAAGUCUCAGCAAAGACUUUGUCGCAAAUCGAAUCAAAUAAAACGCACCAUGGCCUCAUUGAGCACCCUCGCAGGUGAAAUCCUGUCAACAAUCGCGGCCAACUUGGAUCCUUGGACCCCCGGUUUCAGCUACGCGGAAGAUGAGCAUUCCGAGUGGAACGCAGACCUCAAAAGCCUCGACGAUCUGCGCAAUCUGCGCUUGACGUGCAGGGCGCUCCACGACGCCGCGACGCGGCAGCUCUUCCGCAUCGUGCGCCUGCGGCCCAGCGACGAGUCGGCCGACAAGUGGGGCAACAUGGCCGACUCGCCGACGCUGCGGGCCCACGCCCGGGAGGCCAUCAUCGACACGGUCAUGAGCGAGGAGAUCGACGAGCAGGAGCUCUGGAAGCAGCCAGAGUCGUGGACCGCCGCCCUGGGCCGCCUGGGCGAGUUCCCCGGCGUCGACGCGGUGGCGCUGCGCUUCUCGUCGCUGUGCGGCGCCGAGACGGGGGAUUUUUUCGAAAAGGACGUGCCCGAGACGCAGAGCGGCCGCAGCGACACCCUGGACGCGGUGUUUGGCGCGCUGGCCCGCGUCAACGAGCUGCCCGGCCGGGGCAUCCGGGCCCUCAGCGUCAAGAACCUGCAAAACAUUGUGCAUGAGGGCGCCGACGGUCAGGACUUCAAGUCGGUCGUGUCGGGUCUCAAGGAGCUGCACGUCGCCGUCUGCACCGAGUCGGACGACGCCGCCCCCGAGAACAGCAUCACGAUGCCCGAGGUCAAGUCCUUCUGGGCCCCUGGCGGGUUCGUCGACAAGUGGCUCAAGCCGGCGGCGCAGGGCCUGACCAGCCUGACGCUGUACUGCGACGACUACUUUGGCCUCCUUCCCGAGUUUGACACCUCCGACAUCAGCUUCCCCAACCUGCGGGCGCUGUCGCUGGGCAACUUCAACUUUGCCUAUGAUUGGCAGGUCGACUGGAUCGCGUCUCACAAGGCGUUGCGUACGCUGUGGCUCGACGACUGCCCCAUAGCGCACUACUUUAACGUCCUCGACUACGGCCUGGAGGAAUUCCGCACAGGAGAGCUCACAAAGCUACCGCAGACCUCUGAAGAAGAAUUGGGAUACGUCAGUUCACUGAGGUGGUCGGCCGUGUUUGACAAGUUUCGCGAGGCCUUGCCGGAGCUGGAGGACGUCCGACUGGCGCAUGGCGCCUGGGAAGGGUCCCAAGCCUUUGAGCGGCGCCACAGCCUGCCCCUCGGUCUCCUCAGGAAGCGGUACAUGGGCUUCAACGGCAGCAUUGGCCCCUCUCAGUGGGUCGAAUGCCGAGAGCGUUCCAAGGUCGAGCCCGACGGCACUGUCAAAGAGUAUCUCUGCUACACUGGUUUCUCUGGGGGGGAUGUCCUCCCGCCCAAUAUGGAGGAUCCAGCUGUGGAGGAGGCCGACAUCAAGGCAUAUGCUAGAUUGAUGGCUGGCCUGUCACUGGAGUCGUGAGCUUCUAGCCACGGCUCGGGUGGGUUCGAACGUAUCUACGUUGGUGUUUGUUCUAUUGCAGUCAGUUCUCUUGUGUCCAGCGUUUACAUCUCAAAAUCAUCAAAAAGACCCUAAGCUUUACAUAAGA